AUGACGAUAGUUGCACUUUCAUGGAUCCCAAAAGAGGCAUCAAAGGCUAUGCCUGUUGCUGCUGAAUCUCCUUGUAUGGAAGAAAAGAUGGACGAUGAAAUUCAGAAUGCUCAAGUUACUCAUGCCAAGUCUGUAGCAAAAUCUUUUGGGAAAAGCAAGGUUGCUUCUUCUUCUUCAACAGAUGCUGAUGAAGUUGUCAAGUUCUUGAAAGAACUCGACAUGGAUAACUAUGAUGAAGAGGAUGAUGAGAUUGAACUGUUUAGCUCUGGGCAGGGACACCUUUAUUAUCCAAGCAAUGACAUGGAUCCAUACCUAAAGGAUACUGACGGUGACUAUGACUCAGAGGAUCACGAUGACUUGACAAUUAGGCCAACCGAUUCACUGAUCAUCUGUGCUGCUAUUAAACAUGAAGUCAACUAUCUCGAGGUUUAUGUAUAUGAGGAAUCCGAAAACAUUUAUCUUCGCAAUGACAUGAUUAUAUCCGAGCUUCCAUUGUGCACAGCAUGGCUUGAUUGUCCUCUCAAAGGAGGGGGAAAAGGGAACUUUGUAGCUAUCGGGACAAUGGAGUCCUCUAUAGAGAUAUGGGAUCUUGACCUUGUAUGUACUUGUGCUACCUUGUGUACAACUGGGACGGAUAAUUCCCACACUGGUCCAGUAAUUGAUCUUGCUUGGAACAAGGAGUUUCGGAAUAUAGUUGCUAGUGGUAGUGAAGACAAAAAAGUGAAGGUUUGGGAUGUGGCUACGGGGAAAUGCAAGGUUACUAUGGAGCAUCACGAAAAGAAGGUUCACGCGGUUGCAUGGAACAAUUAUACUCCAGAAGUACUCCUCAGUGGGUCUCGUGAUCGUACUGUAGUAUUGAAAGAUGGAAGGGACCCUUCAAACUCGGGUUUGAAAUGGUCUACCGAGGCCAAAGUCGAAAAAUUGGCUUGGGAUCCUCACAGCGAACACUCCUUUGUGGUGAGUCUCAAAGAUGGAACUGUGAAGGGCUUUGAUACACGUGCUUCUGAUUUAUCACCAAGUUUCAUUAUCCAUGCUCAUGAUAGUGAAGUCUCCUCCAUAUCAUACAACAUACAUGCCCCCAAUCUUUUGGCUACGGGAUCUGCGGAUGAAAGUGUGAAACUUUGGGAUCUUUCAAACAACCAACCAUCAUGGAUUGCUACAAACAAGCCAAAUGCUGGAGAAGUUUUCUCGGUCUCAUUCUCAGCGGACUGCCCCUUCUUACUCGCUGUUGGUGGCUCAGAGGGGCUAAAUGUAAGUGUGGGAUACCUUAUCAGACACUGCUGUGUCCCGAAGAUAUGGUAGCAGCCGACCAUGAACCACAUGGGAAGAUACUUUGUUUCUU